AUCUCACUUGCCAGCGUAUUCAGGAUCACUAUAAGGAGUGUUCUUGGCUGGAAACCGAACCAGGCUACAGCUACUGUGACAAUUCUCAAGAUUGACUCUGCCUAUGACCACGACUACCAAUCGGCUACGAUUCACCCGUAUCCACGACAACGCGGUAAUGUCAUCGCCUUCUGGCUCCAAGAAUGGUCCACAUAUCGCGUGCUCAUCGAAAGGCGCACGGUAUGUUACGUUGAUCGCGUUGCCAUGAGACUCCUCAAUUCGGAGCUUGAGCCCUACAACCUCACCGCUCGUUGUGUGAAUCGGUCGACACUCGAACUUGACGAGUACUGUAGGCCCGUGGAGAAUAUUGAAUGCUCGGAGGAUGGAUUUGAAGUCUCUGAUGUGAGUGGCAAGCUUGCACGAUUUCAGCGUGAUGGCCAGCGCCGGGAGGAGUGGUACGCUCCUGAGAUUAUCCUCAACCUCUCCGAUAUAUCAUCGAUUGUGAGUCCUCUUGAUGUUGCAAAUGUUUCCGCUAGCAUUACGCUCGCCAUCGACAACCCAGCUUUCGCUAUCUAUCCGGGCAAACUCUGGGAGCCUAACGCAUCCUCCUACCGCCUGCGCAGGGGCGAAGGUGACUCUCGGUCACUCAAAUUUCACAAGAAGGCCGAUUGUGAUCUUCGUUUCCUCGGUGGUGCCAAGAAGUGGGGAAGUUGCACAACUCGACUACAGACAGGCAAAGGCAAUCUCAAUGAUGUGCAGCGCGUUGCAGAAUGGCGCGGUAACGGGACUCUUAUCACGGGUGACGAUUUUGUGGAUACAAUCAACACAUCCGCUGGGACGCUGAUCCACCAAACACGCCCUUUUGGGUGGGAGGGCUUUCGAGCCUACAACUUCACAUAUCUGCUACGGGGCAAGGGCUUCGACUUUCAAGGUGCUGACGUGAUGCAUGUGUUGAAUGCGGACCAUCUUAUGCUCAUUGAACUCAUGCGUCUUCGCACUGGGGACCUCAAGAUUGGAAUGGCAGACCUCUCCGAAGAGUACUAUGUCGAGUGGCCGACCCGCAAGAAGGCCGAGGCACACAAUUAUACACGUCGCUUCUGGGCUCGAGCUAAUCGCUAUGAGACCACGUCUACAACAUUCGACGAGGGUCGUCGAUUUGCUCGUGAUAAACUCAAAGACCUUCAUGAUGAGAGAUACACGAUUCCCUACGGUAUGAUAUCUCUCCAGGCCAUCACUGAUACACCCUGCUUUAUAAGCCUGCCUCACUUCUACGGCAACGAAGAGUGGGGUGGUCUUGAGGCUAGGCAGGUGUAUUUCGACACAAAUUAUGAUCGCAGGCUUCAUAGCUACUAUGUGGACAUCGAACCCAUCACUGGCCAAACUGUUCGUGAGGCACGUCGCUUCCAAUUCAACUUUCGCGUCGAACGCAAUAUGCAAUUUCCCCAGAUCAUCUCAAGCCAAGAACGCUGUGAAGUGCCCACUGCAGACUUCAGCGAAAACGGAUAUGGCUGUUUCAUGUUCUUUCCCGUAUGGUGGGUUUCAGAGGAGCGCCAUAUAGACGGCGUCAAAGCUUUGCGCCUCAAGCAAGAGGUCCUUGAGGUCACCGAGCGCCUUUUUCAUACAGCGCUUUAUGGUGCAGCCGUUGGGUUCAUGCUCAUCUUCCUUGGGAUAGUACCUUGGUGCUUGACGAAUCGGAGGGAGGUCGCUUUUCGUCAGCGAAUAUACAUCGACUGA